CUUGUUUUUAGUGCCCUUUUGUGCAUUGCAUUACGGUAAACAUGGACGCUACAUCAAAAGCAGCUGGCAAAGCUUGAUGGGACAGCUCUGUGCUUCUGGUUUGUAAUACACCAGUGUUCACAAUGAUAACUCCUGCCUUCGACCUGAGCCAAGACCCCCACUACCUGAUCCUCAGCAUCCGUGUGCCGUACACCAGAACCUCAGAGUUUGACCUCUACAUUGAUGGAACAGAUUUCAAGUUCUAUGCCAAGCCGUACUUCCUGAGAUUAACGCUUCCAGGGCGAAUAGUGGAGGAUGGAAGAGAAAAGGCUGCGUUUGACAUUGAUAAAGGACUGUUCACUCUCCAGGUCCCUAAGGAAACAGCUGGAGAGCACUUUGAAGGCCUCCAAAUGCUGACAAGUCUCCUCGCACCAAAAGGCUCCCGUUCAGCAAAGCCGUUAGUAGAAGACGUGACUGCAGAAGGAUGCCUUCAGAGUGUGGGCGAUGAUGAAGAGGCAGAUGAAGAAGAAUUUGAUUGGCAGGUUGAGCAGGAGGUGUACAAGGAGAGUUCUGAAGAAGAGCUAAGGGCCCUGCAGAAAUAUGGCUUUGGCAAUCAGAGGUCUGGCGUGUUUGCCAGAUUGCAGGAAGAACUCAGUGAUGUGAUAGAUAUCAAAAACCCAGAAGGCACCACCGCAGCCGAGAGAAGGCAAGGGCGACUGGAAGCGGAAACAUUAGCCUUCUCCCCCGACCAUUACCUGGCUGAUUUGUUUGAGGAUGACGAGAUACAGGGUGUGCUGAAGUUCAACCCAUGGUGGACAAAGCUGAGUCCUUCUACAGAACAGGAAGGAGAAUCUGCCGUGUCAUUCACCGAAAACGACAAGGAGCAGCUGAGGAAAUUCACCAACUGCUCGUACCUGCUGGACAAGACGGCCCGUCACCAAGCGUGGCUCAGCCUCGUGGACAUCCUGCUGGCGUAUUCAUACGAAGUGCGCUCUACGGAGGGAGAGCACAGUGUGGAGUCACCGUGGACAAUCAGGAAGCUCAGCGGGACCCUGUGCUGGCUGGAGGCGUACAGCUCCCUGCAGGAGGUCCUUUUGUCGUUCGGCCGCAGGGUUUUGUGCUACCCACUCUACAGACACUUUGCCAUGGUCUCUGCAGCUGUUCGGGACACGACAAAGAUUUUGCAGUCAGGAAAGGCCUGCGUCCUCAAGUGCCUCCUGGAUAUCCACAAAGUCUUCAGAGAGAACGACCCGGCCUAUAUACUGAACGAUCUCUACAUCACAGACUACUGCAUCUGGAUCCAGAGGGUCAAGUCCAAGAAGGUGACGGCCUUGGCUGCAACGUUACAGAAAGCCUCCCUGCAGAAAAAAGACCUGCAGCUGGAACUGGAGGAGCUGGAGGAGGCGGCAGCAGCGGUGGCAGACGAGGAAGAGCAAGGAGCAUCCGACAGCAGCGAGACGGCGCUCAGCAGCACUUCGACUGAUAGCAGCAGCAGCAGCAGCAGCAGCAGCGAGUCGUCUGACGAGAGCGGGGAGUCUGAGGCUGAAGGGCAAGGCUGCUCCCAUUCCAGCGAGAGAGGAGGGGGAGGCGCGACGACGGAAGACAGCCCUCCCCGCCUCCAGCCCCCCUCUGCUGCCUCCCCCAUCCCCCAGGAGCCCACUAGCACAGGCUUCUCAGCGGCGUGGAGAGCUGACACCAUCCCUCCAGCAUCGCAAGGCUCCAGGCAGCUGAUCCAGGAGCUGGGGGAGAUGAGAAUCUCCCAGGACUCCUGCUACGAGGCAGAGAGCAGCUGUUCACAGCUGAGCAGCGCUGCAGCAGAGACUGAAGCAACAUCUGGGAGGUGCAGCGGUGGCACGCUGCUAGAACCGAGUCCUCGCCGAAAUCCUCUGCUCAUUGUAAACGCUCAGGACGAUGAUGACGACGUGAUGACAGCAGCUACUUCAUAGAUUUUGUGGAGCUUAACGGCGUCAUGACAGGUUUUGAACUGUGGAUUUCAUGUAAGUGUUGUAAAAACUAAAUCUUAUUGUUGGAUUUUUCAAUUACGGAUUUUUUUUCAUUUCUUAGCCAAAUGUUGAUACUUAGUUACAUAAUUAGUUUAGUGAUUCUUAUGUGUAUGUGCUUAGUUUUGCUCAAUUCAUUAUAAAAUCAGUGGAAGUCAAAUCACUUAUUGAUGUUCUUAUUGAAGUGUUUAUUUCUUGCUUCUUCUCUGUGUGUAAACUGCCUACAUCUACAAAUAUAAAGUGAUUUUAUAUGAA